UCGGUCCUUGCUCGGUUCUGCAGUUGGCUAGCACUUCCUCGAGUUGUUACAUUUGAUCACUCCGUCCCCCGGUUACCGAUGUAACCAUCAGUUUCCACAUGUUCAGCUCGACCGGGGCUGCAACUCCGUUUCAAUUUCCGUCGCCUCUUACUGUCUGAAGCAUCCAUCGGACACCCGCACACCGGGGCCGCUGACCACAACCACACGGCCCAUGCUGGUCUGAUUGGACUGCUGCCUCUAUUGUUCCUCGCCCUGAACAUUCCAUUCUCGGGAGGUCAAGGUGGCUUUGAAGGCUUGGAUACAUCUGUGGUGCAGCGUCGGGGAUGGAAAGCGAGCACAAUCGAGGGACAGGGGCGAUGUGCGCUCUGAUGCGGCGACAAGGGGCCUUGGUCAUAGUCGCCCUCUGGAGAUACUUGGAGGGCCUCCAAAUUCGCAUCCCAGCCGCCCCGGCUGUUCCCAGGUUUGUCUUCAUCGCCAAUCCAUCUUGGCAAUGUGCGCAAUUUCAAAGUUUGCGAUCUGCUUCUAUGUCUCUGGCCAUGGAUUCGGCCACUCAACACGAGCGUUUGCCAUCAUCCAUGCACUCCUCGCACACGCCCCGACCUGCAUCGUGCAUGUGGCCACACCCGCUCCUCUCUUCAUCUUCCAGGAGCUGAUCCGCCAGUUCCCGGCCCGUUUCAUCCAUCGCCAAGCCUCCGAGUUUGACUUGUCGAUUGCCCAACGAGACCCCAUCACCGUUGAUGAAGAUGCGACCCUCGCCAGCCUGGCGAGCUUUUUAGAACCGACCCGCUUGGAGCAAGCGAUCCGGAACGAAGUUGCAUGGCUGCAGGCCAUCGGCCCGAGUGCCGUCUGCCUCGAUGCGCCGUUUGUUCCGCUGGCGGCAGCAAAGACUCUCGGGAUCCCCACGCUCGUCGUCUCCAACUUCACGUUCGAUGCCAUCUUCCUUGCGAUUGCUCGGAACGAGCCCGAGCGACAGCUGGCGGCACAAUGCCAGCGCAUGUACGAGCAGAUGGACCACUUUCUUCGGCUUCCGGGCUUUAUCGAUGCCCCUGCCCUCUCGUCGCCGCUGACUGCCCACAAGCCAAAAUUGAUCGACCUGCCUUUGGUCGUGCGCAUGUCCCGGACGCCCCGAGAGGCUAUCCGCGGGCAACUUGGCAUCUCCAAUGACGCAAAGGUCCUGUUGGUCACCUUUGGCGGCUUCGAGUUUGGCCACGGCUCAACCAAGGACGGCCAGCUGCCCAAAGGCUGGGUCGGCAUCGUCACAGCAUCGGGGUCGCCUGGAAGCCAUGCAGACCUUGCGGCCAGAUCGCUCGUUUCGAUCGACCCCAAGAGCUUCUGGGCCCCCGAUCUCAUCAAUGCUGCCGACGUGGUCCUGGGCAAGUGCGGGUAUGGAACCUGCUCCGAGGUGGUGGCUCACCACAGGCCCUUCGUAUACGUCCAUCGAACGGGCUUUGCCGAGGAAGAGGGUCUCAUCCACAGGCUCAUGAAGAAGCACGGAUGGGCCGUCGAGAUGCCGCAAGAGGACUUUUUCCAGGGACGAUGGGAGACGUAUGUGCGCCAGGCCGACGAAAUGCGCAAUGAGCAGCCUCCGUUGGCCAUUGACCACAGCGGCCACCGAACUGCAGCCAAGAUCAUUGAGCAUAUCGGCUCUGGUUGGCGCAAGAACUGAGGGGGCUCUGGAGCCGGGGCCCCCAAACGACAGAUCCACCGACAAAAUCGUGUCCCAUGCAAAUCGAUUGGAUAUGAGCUCCGCCCAAUAUACCGGUUGGCCACUGCGCCUGUCAUUUUCUGGAGAUCCAGGUGUA